GCUUGAGAGAACGAGAUACAGGCGCUAAACUGAAUCUAAAUCAGGACUGCAGAGGCACGUUUCCUCUCAGGCCAUGAGGCUGGACAUCCUUCAACUAUCGCUGUAUUAUUAAUUCUAUAUAAUAUUAUAGGCUUUUGAAUAAAAACUCUACGCAUUCCUACACGCAAAGCUGUCGGCGACUGACGUGAUAAAUUGCAUUCAGUUGCUAGAAAAUCAGGAGCUAGAUGUUCAAGCAGGAAUAACGAAAAGCGUUUCUGUCCCAGCCCUUUUUUCCCCUCCCACACAGACACACGACCCACCCCCCACCCUCCUUUCUCUUUUUUCCAUCUACUCUCUUUUCUACAACAAACAUGGCUGCGAAAUCAGACGGUACAGCCGUUUCUUUGCAGAAUGAUAUUCAGCCGACGUGCCUCCCCGAGCCGGAGAAGCGCUCGCCCCAGUGGCGUCGCGUCGGGAAGGAGUAUUCGCUCCUGGACUGCUGCUGGACCCUCUGCGCCCUCUUGGUCUUUUUCUCGGACGGGGCUUCAGACCUGUGGCUAGCUGCCGACUACUAUCUCAGGCGGGACUACUGGUGGUUCGCUCUGACACUCGUUUUUAUCAUCAUUCCUUCUGUUGUGGUGCAGGUGCUUAGCUUCCGAUGGUUCGCGUACGAUUACUUGGACUCGAACGGGAGCGGCACGGCUGCGGCUGCUAUGGUAGCGGCGUCCAAUGCGGAGAGCCACUUCAGCACCAAGGACAGCGAUCAGCGGGGCGCUGGCCGCUCCGCUGCGGUCACCGGAACCCGGAGCAACGCUGAGAGCUGCUGCAGAGCCUGCGUGUGGCUCUUCCAAAGCGUCGUGCACGUUUUUCAGCUGGCACAGGUCUGGAGGUAUGUCCAUGCCUUAUAUUUGGGUGUGCAAAGCCGCUGGCAUGGGGACCGCGAGCACAAACACUUCUACUGGCGUACGAUGUUUGAGAACGCUGACAUCAGCAUGCUGAGGCUGCUUGAGACCUUCCUGAAGAGCGCACCUCAGCUUGUUCUUCAACUCAGCAUUAUGGUCCAUCUCUCGGUCACUCCUUCUCUUUGUGCUUUAUUUGAUCCAGGUCUGUCUGCUUCAGCCUCGCUAGUGUCUCUGGGCUGGAUGAUGGCAUCUUAUCAGAAGGCAUUAAGAGACUCUCGUGAUGACAAGCUCCCCAUGUCAUAUAAAGCAGUGGUGGUGCACAUGCUGUGGCACCUGUUCACAGUGGGAGCCCGCGCCAUGGCCUUCGCCCUCUUUGUUUCCAUUUUCCAGCUCUACUUCGGCAUUUUCAUCGUGGCCCACUGGUGCGCCAUGACCUUCUGGAUCAUCCAAGGCGAGACAGACUUCUGCAUGUCCAAGUGGGAGGAGAUCAUCUACAACAUGAUGGUAGGCAUCGUGUACAUAUUCUGCUGGUUUAGCGUCCGUGAGGGCCCUACACGGUGCCGUCUGCUGCUUUACAGCCUCAUAAUCCUGGGAGAAAAUAUGGCCCUCACGGCCUUGUGGUAUAUAUACCGCAGCCCACUCACUUCAGACUUUUACGCCGUGGUGGUGGUGUGCAUGGUGGCGUGUAGCUACGCCCUGGGUACAUUUUUUAUGUUUGUCUACUACUGCCUUUUGCACCCUGAUGGCCCUGUGUCUGGGGCCUAUCUUGGAUGUUGCGAUGUCCAGAUGAGUGCUGUUUCAGAUCCUUGUGUCUCAUCGCCCACCUCCGCUCCUCCUCCUCUGGAUGUGGUGAGCAGCCCGCCGCGGACUCUGCAGAGGACUAAAGGAGGAGAGGCAGUACCAGGAGGAGAUGUUGGAGAAGUGUUUAAAAUGCGGACCCUUAAAGCCUCGCGAACCGCUGCGCCUCGCCUCACCCCAAGGACAGAGGGGCCAGUAAUUCGCAUCGACCUUCCCAGGAAGCAAUACCCAGCCUGGGACGCCCACUUCAUUGAUCGCAGGCUGCGAAAGACCAUUUUGGUACUGGAAGCCGCAGCUCCGGUCACACCAAGGAUCCAGUACCGCUGUCUAGGCACACCGCAGGAAGUGAUGGAAUACGAGACGACAGUCUGAGACGUUUUACCUUCUCCAAAUAAAAGAUGUAAUGUUUUAGUGAGCAGAAAAGUCAGUUCUGUCUAGCUUUAUUUGUUGAAGAAGAGUUUGUCAGAUCUCCACAUGACCCCUUAUUGACUCUUGUAAUCUGUGGAAGCACAUGAGACACUAGUGUCUAGCAAAGAGCCACCCUGUGGUGACAUUAGACAUUACUACAGGUUAUUGGAUUAGGAGGUUAGGCAGGGGUCUGACCAACUUAAUGAGGCCAAGGUAAAUCUAUCAUGAGCAAAACAACAUAUCAGUGUGGUAGAUUAACAGCAAUGGUGCUUAAACACCGUUUCAAACCAUCCUAGGUGUUUUUAAAGCUUUUGUGGCAGCUGCCGUAUUCAACAAAUACUGAAUCCAUUUGGUCAUAAUUCAAUGGGUUUUGAGGUUGUAGUAGGUACAAGUGAAAUGUGUUAGUUGUCUCAUUAAAUGCCUUAAGACUUUCUAACAUCUGGCUAUUCAGCAUCUGAAAGGGGCAUUUCACCCUGUUGAAAAAUUGAAAGGGGUCCUAUUAUGCUCUUUUUUUGUUUAGGGGGUGUACUAGAAUAGGCUCUCAUACUACGUUGUUGGAAAAACACAUAAUUUUUCACAUAUUUUACAUUAUUACAACACCUCUCUCCCUAGUCUUGAAUGAAUGGCUCAAAUAGUUCCUGUAUCAAAUUAAAGCCCGCCUUCCUAAAUUCUAAAUGUGCUGUGAUUGGUUAGCUGGGCCAUGUGUGUUGUGAUUGGCACCACUCUGCGCCUGGUUGGGAAAUGUCAUGUCCCUUACCAUAGCUACAUGCGAGCUUCGUUGCGUCAAAAUCAAAUCAAAUUGAGCGUGAUUUAAACUGUUGAGCAUGAGUUGUCUGCCUUGGGAAAGCUAGUGUGUCUCCUAGAUAGUGAUAAUACUUGUUGGAUUCUCUAGUGCAGCUCCACCAGGUCUCGUCCUAUUUGUCUAUAUUUGUGAUAUCACAAAUCCCAGAAAAUGUGCGUUGUAGUCCAAACGAGUCAUUCAUUG